UGUCUUUUCUUCUGUAUUUUUUCUCUUUUUUUGAGGUUACCAACUACAGGUGUACACCUCAGCCUUUCUUGUAAAGUGAGCAGGACAAAGAUAAGAAGCAGAGGAAGAGAAAAAAGCAGUCCUUCAGGCAAGACUUUCCUCCAAAAUCAACACAAAUUCAGGCAUCAUGUCUACCCCUGUCUCCCCCUCCCCAUCCCUCUCCCCAAUGACAGUGGCCUCCCCUACAUCAGCAACCUCCCCCAGUGCCUCCCCCCUGCCCUCGCCCCUCUCCCCUCCACCCAAGGUGCCUGUGUUUCAGAGGAAGGGAGCGCUCAAGCACAAGAGGAUUGUCGAGGUGAAAGACCAUCAGUUCACGGCCCGCUUCUUCAAACAGCCCACCUUCUGCAGCCACUGCACUGACUUCAUCUGGGGCAUCGGCAAACAGGGAUUCCAAUGUCAGGUUUGCAGUUUUGUGGUCCACAAAAGAUGUCACGAGUUUGUGACCUUCACCUGUCCCGGCUCUGUGGCAGCACCCAGACCAGAUGACCUGAAGAGUCGACACACAUUUAAGGUCCAAACAUACUCCAGUCCCACCUUCUGCGACCACUGUGGCUCGCUGCUGUACGGCCUCAUUCACCAGGGCAUGAAAUGUGUCUGUUGUGAUAUGAACGUGCAUCGGCGGUGUGAAACCAGUGUUCCCAGCCUCUGUGGCCAAGACCAUACAGAGAAGAGAGGCAGGAUCCACCUGACCGUCAGAGGAGAGAAGGAGGACAUCUUUGUCACAGUGGGGGAGGCUCGUAACCUGAUGCCCAUGGAUCCAAAUGGCCUGUCAGACCCGUAUGUUAAACUGAAAUUGAUUCCAGACCCAAAGAGCCACAGCAAACAGAAGACCAAGACCAUCCGCUCAACGCUCAAUCCCAUCUGGAAUGAGAGUUUCACCUUCUCAGUGCGCGGUCAUCAGUGGGACAGGCGUCUGUCUGUGGAGGUGUGGGACUGGGACCGUACAUCCAGGAAUGAUUUCAUGGGAGCGCUGUCAUUCGGAGUGAGUGAGAUCUUCAGGCGUCCCAUCAGCGGCUGGUUCAAACUGUUGGCUCAAGAUGAGGGAGAGUACUAUAACAUCCCUGUGCCAGAUCCAGACCUGGAGGAGCCUCAGCCAGAACCUACAUCACCCACUCUGCCUCAGAUGAUGCCUCCUGCACAGCCGGAAACGUUCUCUGUGGCCUUGUCCCCAACCCCUGUGCCGCCCUGUCCGCCUGUCCACAUUCCAGGGCCGAGCAAAGUUAAAGUGGGCAUCCACGACUUCAACUUCCUCAUGGUGUUGGGCAAAGGCAGCUUUGGCAAGGUGCUGCUGGCGGAGGAGCGAGGCAGUGAGCGCCUGUUUGCUGUGAAGGUGUUGAAGAAGGAUGUUCUCUUCCAGGACGAGGACACGGAGAGCGCCCUGGUGGAGAGGAGGGUCCUGGCGCUCUCCUCUCGCCCUCACUUCCUCACAUCGCUCUACUGCGCCUUCCAGACUGAGGAUCGUCUGUAUUAUGUGAUGGAAUAUGUCAACGGGGGAGACCUGAUGUUUCACAUUCAGAUAGUCGGCAAGUUCAAAGAGGCUCAUGCAGCGUUUUAUGCAGCGGAGAUAGCAGUCGGCCUCUUCUUCCUCCACAGCAAAGGCAUCAUCUACAGGGAUCUAAAGCUGGAUAAUGUGCUGCUUGACAGCCAGGGCCACAUAAAGAUAGCAGACUUCGGGAUGUGCAGGGAGGGCAUGUUUGAGGACGACACCGCACGCACCUUCUGUGGCACCCCUGACUACAUCGCCCCUGAGAUUGUGGCAUAUCAGCCCUAUAAUAAAGCAGUAGACUGGUGGUCUUAUGGAGUACUGAUGUAUGAAAUGCUGGCAGGACAGCCACCAUUUGAUGGUAUUGAUGAGGAGGAGCUGUUUCAGUCAAUCAUGGAGCAGUGCGUCUCAUACCCAAAAAGUCUGUCUCGUGAAGCUGUCGCUAUCUGCAAGGGACUCCUGACAAAGCACCCGGCCAAGCGUCUGGGUGGAGGAGAGGAAGCAGAAAGAGAGAUCAGGGAGCAUCCAUUCUUCCGCUGGAUUGACUGGGACCGUCUGGAGAGACUGGAGAUCCAGCCACCCUUCAUACCCAGAACUGGUGGGAAAAAAGGAGAAAACUUCGACAAGUUCUUCACAGCGGCUCCAUCAGCGCUCACUCCUUCUGACCCAGAAAUACUAGAAGCCAUGAACCAGGAGGACUUCGAAGGCUUCUCCUUCCUCAACCCAGACUUUGCUCCCUCACCUCUCACAGCCGUUUGA